CGCACUAGUCUUGCUGACACCGCCGCCACAAGUCAGACUUCUAUUAUAAAUUGUUUUAUUCGAACUUAGUUCAACUUAAUAACAAAUAUUAAUUAAAAUGACAACGGAAAGUGUAACGGAUUACAGUGAUACGAGUGAUGGAAACUUCACGACAGAGUCUAUCGGAACAUCAUCAAUAGGUCUAAACGAAGAAUUUCCCCUAUUUUCGCUCCCGGAGAUACAAAUUCCGAUUAGAGAAAGCGACAUGAAGUCAUUUCAGAGCGAAGUUCCAGACACUUUGUCAGUAUUCGGGGCUUUUAUUAUAAUUGAAAUUGUGAUGACAGCUUUGGAGUUGUGCAUAUGGAUAGCGGCCGCGCUUAAGAUGCCACGUUUGAGGAAUAACUACAGGAAUCAAAUGCUGAUGCAGCUCAGUGUGGUACGCUUUUUAAAAAGACUGAUAUUUUUGCUAGUUUAUUUUAAAGAUAACAACAUUAUCACUUCUUCCGCAAAUGCUAACAUAUCUUUAUUGACUUGUCAAUUUUAUAUUGAUUUCGUGAUCGUUUUUUUAGUUAUAUUUUUUGUAAAGCACAUGUAUGACAGUCUGAUUGUAGUACUAGUAAAAAUAAGUCAAAAUAAUCUACUGAAAGUAUUAGCAUUUGCAUGGCUAUUGCCCCUACCGAUAACUGCGGUAUGUACGGUAAUGGUUUCGUUUCACGUACUCAGUGAAUGGACAAUAUCGUUACUUAUUUGCUGCACAAUUAGAUGGCCGCUGAUAUUAAUAGGCACAGUUCUUUAUUUGACGAUACUGUUCAAAGUUCUCAAAGAUAAAAUAAGAAAAUUCGCUAGAAGCCUUGCAGUUAUCACAUUCUUGCUUUGUCUUGUUAUAAACUUAUAUUUAUUUACCAAAGAUAUAAUUGAUCUCUGGUGUCUCAAUUCUUUCCUUGCUGUUAUAAUAAGUUACGUAUUGGGUUUCUUUUUGAAUUUCCUCAUCCUUUGUUUGUAUAUAACUUUAAUAACUUUAAAUUACAAAUGCAGAACAAUAUCAUCAGGGAAGUUACCGAAUAAUAGUAUGGUUGGAUUCUGAAAGAUCUAAAAAUUAAGUCAUGACAAGUUUAUUUAUAUUAUAUGGAAACACCUACAUUUAUAUAUUACUAUAACGCCUAUUAUCUCUAUCUCUAUAAUCAUAUUUUUGUACAUUUUAUAAGGCAGAAAAAUAUAUUUAUCAAAUUAUAAGUAUUUUACCUUGUCUUCCUAAGUACCUGUUAUACCUACCUUAUUAUACUUUAAAUUAAAUGUAAUUUUCGCUGUGAGCCAAAAGAAAACGGUUAUUACGUUUUAUAUCCUAGUUUUGUAAGUUCACCCAAGCAGUACAUUCAACGAGCGAAAAGUGAAAAUGCAUGUUUGCAGAAAAAUUGAAUUACAGAAAUAUUGCAAGAUGAAAUCACUAUCGAAAAUAUAUCGCAGUCGCAGCAAUCUGAAAAUUAUAUGAACCAAUGAGGAAUACCAAACAUCUAUCUCAUCCUCGCGUGUUGUGUUGAAAAAAAAAGUAAUGCACCCUACACAAUAUAUUAAUAUAAACUACAUAUAUAUAAAU